AUGAAAGACUUUCCGCCGCCGCCGCCGCCAGCCAUUGACGACUUUGAUUACCUUCCGCCGCCACCGCCGGAUUUACUCCAAAUUUCGCCGGGGACUGAAAAUAUUCCUGUCACUCAAUACUCGUCUGAGGAUCCGCAAGGAUCAGUGAACUCGGCCAAACACCUUCUCAGCAAAGAGGCUUACAUCAAACAGAGGAGCAUGUCUGAGCUGAAACGUCUGUACAAGCACAUACAUCCCGGCGUGAGGAAAAAUAUUGAAGAGGAGUUCUACAAUGAAUACAACGGGACGGUCAACAACCAGCAUGUCAGUCAGGCGUACGUGUACGAGGACGAAGCGGACGAGGAAUACGAAUGGGAAGAGAUUCUACCGGGAGAUGUGCAGGCCAGGCGGUGGAUGUUUGAAAAUAAGCCACUCGAUGCCAUCAAGGAUGAAUCUCUGGACGGGAAUGAAGACAAUAACAAGAUCACAGAGAAAGAGAUGAUUCUCGGAAUGGACGUGAGGCGCACGGCGUGGAUGUUCGAGACAAGGCCGAUGGAUGAACUGGGGCCGCGCGAGGCCGACUCGAUGGAGUAUCGGAACAAGGUCAACGAGUUGCACAAGGGAGACGUCCGAGCUGCGGCGUGGUUGUUUGAGACCCAAACGAUGGACAGUUUGAAUAAGCUGCACAACGAAGAGGAGCUCACCAAAGAGGUGGUAUUUACGGAAGAGGACGGGAACGCCACCAUUUACAUGAUUGACACAAAGUACACGCAAGGCCUCGGACACACCGAGACGAUCGAUGAGAGCCAUCUGCUGAGCUUAAGAUCGGUCGUGGAAGAAAUCAAUGAUGAGGAGAAAACCGUAACGAGCACCUUUGACACCCGGUUUGAAUGCUUCAUCAUGGGGCAAUGCGGUCAGAUGCUGGAGAUUAAAUCUGUGCGCAAAGUUGAAACGGAGCUGGAGAGCUCCAUCGCGUCACGUUGGCUUUUUGAUACGCAGCCGCUCGAUGCGAACAAACCUCUUUCGUCUUUUAAGCUGGUGUGUAGUCUCUCCAUGGAAGACACGAACAGAGCGGACUGGGGCCGAUGGUUGUUUGAGAUCAAGACUUUGAAUUCCCUUUCUGAGUUGGAAAGCUCAAAAACUGAGGAGGUAGCGGGGGCGGAUGUACGCAAACAGCGCUUAGUGUUUGAAACCCGACCGAUUGACUCUCUGAAGGAUGAUUCAAAUGGCACAACUCAGACCGUUAAUGAAAUCGUCGGGGGUGAUGUUAGAUCGGCAAGAAACUUCUUUGAAAGCAGCCCUCAAACAGAGAGGAAGAACUGCCCCGAGGUUGGAAAACUUAAAACGGCGCCGCUGAACCAAGAAAUAAAAGGUGACGUGAGACAUCAAAAGUGGCGCUUUGAGAGUCAACCUCUGGAGCACAUACGUGACGAGAAGAAAGAGAUAAUUCGCACGGUAAACAUCGAGGAGGACCUCACACAGGAGGAUGGAACAAGUUGCAGAGCAGAUGUUCGUAGGAACUGCUGGAUGUUUGAGACUCAGCCGAUGGACGUCUUAAAAGAUGACUCCAAUAGCCGGCCCUUGACGAAAGAGGAAAUUAUUGCCGGCAGUGUGCAAUCCGCCAGACAGUACUUUGAAAGCGUCCCAACCGAGGAGCCGAAGGAGCUUGCAGAAGUCGGCAAAUUGAAAAAAAACGCGACGCCGGCUGAUCAACCGAAGGAGCUCGCCGAGGUUGGCAAACUGAAGAAAGGGGUCGAACUCGAUGAGGAGAGGGGAGACGUUCGACUUCAGACGUGGCGAUUCGAAAGCCAGCCUUUGGAGCAAAUUCGGGAUGAAAAGAAGGAAGUCAUCCGAACGAUCGAUUUGGAAGAAAUCGACAAAGUGGACGUGUUGAACUAUAAGCAUAUCUUUGAGAGCACAGAUUUAAACAGACGGGACGAGUCUCAAAAGAUCCAGGUCGAGGGUGUCACAAGCGGCGCGGUGCAAUCGAACAAAAACCUGUUUGAGUCCGGACUAUCGUACGCCAUGCAGGACAGCUCAGGCCGCUUCCACCAGUUAAGAACGGUGCGUCACGAAGAGGUGGUGAGCGGGGAUGUAACGACAUACAAAUGGAUGUUUGAAACGCGGCCGAUUGACCAAUUUGACGAAAGCAUUGACAAAUACCAAAUUAUCAAGGGCGUAUCCAAGCAGGAAAUCGAAUCCGGCGACGUGAAGUCUGCCAAGUGGCUGUUUGAGACGCAGCCCCUUGAUGCCAUCAAGUAUUUCAGCAACAUCGAAGACGAAGAAAUCCAAAGCGAAAAUCGAGACGUGAUGAAAGGAGAUGUCAAAAACUGCAAGUGGCUCUUUGAGACGCAACCGAUGGACACCCUGUAUGAAAAAGUGGACAUAAAUAGUGACAAUCAGUCUGAAGAAAUCCCAAAGGGGGACGUUAAAACGUGCACGUGGCUUUUUGAGACGCAAGCGCUGGACGCCAUCCACGACGAGACAGAAACCGUCUUGAAAGCGUGCACUGUGAAUCAAGGGGACAUCCGAGGGAAAGACGUCAGAACCGCGUGCUUUCUCUUCGAGACGGAAAAACUCGAGACUCUAUCCGGGGAGGACGCGAGGUCGUUUCAGCGCGUCACGGAGAUUGACAUUGCUUCCGGAGAGGUGUCAAGAAAGAAGCACAUUUUUGAACGCGGCGCAUCCGACAUCAUGACGUCGACGUCGGAGGAAACGAUGCGGCGUCUCAAGAGAGUUCAGAGCGAAGACAUUCAGAGAGGAGACGUGGUGACCUGUAAAUGGCUCUUUGAAAACCGAGCCGUAGACACCAUACGCGACGGCCAAGAGGAAACGCCGACAAGCCGCACGGUUACUGACGUACACGGAGGGGACGUAGGCAAGGGCCGCUUCAUCUUUGAGACCUUUUCCUUGGAUAGAAUUAAGGAAGCGGGGUCUGAAACGGAGCUGUCCGUGACGCAAACCAUCGCUCGCCACGACGAAGAGAAGGGUGACGUGAAAAAUUACACGAUGCUCUUUGAAACUCAGCCUCUUUAUGCCAUUCGGGACACAAAGGGCUGUUACCACGAAGUCACCACGGUCACCAGCGAGGAGGUGACGCGCGGAGACGUCAUCGGAACUCGCUGGUUGUUUGAAACCAAACCCCUCGAUGCCAUCAAGGACUCGGAUGAAGUCUACGUCAUCAAAUCUGUCACACAACAGGAUGAGCAAAAAGGAGACGUCACCUCUGCAAGGUGGAAGUUUGAGACGUGGCCCCUCGAUAGGAUUUCUGAAGAGAACAGGACAAUCGUAAAGACCGUGGAUGACAUUCAGGGGGGCGACGUCAAAACGAAUAAAGACCGCUUUGAAUCCGAUACGACGUUGCAGGAGUCCGUCCGAACAGUCAACAUCAGUGAAAUACAAAAGGGUGACGUCAGGUCGGCCAAAUGGAGAUUUGAGACCCAGUCCAUGGACCAAAUACGGAGCCUGAGCUCGGAAAACCUGAUCGAGACCGUUCAAAAAGAGGAGGUGCAAAAAGGUGACGUGAAGCAUUCCGUUUGGCUGUUUGAGAAAAAUCCUUUGGACCGCAUUAAAGAGGUCGACGAAGACGAGGAGACGCACGACGCCCGAGAGGAAAUUGUCAAAGCGGACGUCAAGUCGACAACGUGGCUCUUUGAAACGACACCUUUCGGUGACUUUAACGAGACGAAGACGGAGCGGGCAGAAAUCUUGGGCAAGAGUGUCAAGGGAACGCUGGAAGAGCUCUACGGUCAGCAAAUGGUGACGUCGAGAGGAAUACUCAUCGAAUCUGACGAAAUCGGGGACGUUCGGAUGGCAAAAUACAAUCUAAUGAAUCAGCGAGCUCCUGAGAUUCAGCGGGAGGAGGUGAUCAGAGGGGAUUUGCACACUGUUAUGAUGAACCUCCUGAACAGACGGGAACAACGUGGGCGGCAGGUGGUCAUUGAGUCGGAAGAGAAGGGGAACGUCACUUCGACGGUGCAACAGCUUUUCAACCGGGAGACCAACAAAAGUAUCGAAAAGGAAGAAAUCGUCCGAGGAGACAUCCAGGAAGCCAUCAAUAACCUUUUCAAAGAAAGCGGUCCGGUCAAACGCGGACUUCUCAUUCAGGAGGAUGAGAAAGGCGAUGUACGGAUGACCAUAUAUUCCCUUCUGAACAAGCAAGAUCAUGUUAGUAUUGAAAAAGAGGGGGUCGUAAGAGGAGAUAUAAAGCGAACCCUGCAAAGACUCACCAGCCCAGAUCAGCCUGAUCUGACCAAGAAGAUAACUGUCGAUGAAACUGAGAAAGGAAACGUCAAUUUUUAUUCCACGUGCAUCGAAUCCGGGGACUUGAGUUAUCUAAAACGACUCAAUUUAGAACCAGAUGAAGCGUCACCUGACACUAUUGAGAAAGAAAAGAUCAUCGGGGGUGACAUCCGGGGCAUGAAAGUCAUCCUUAGUUGCAAUCAAACGCAAAUCGAGCGCACGGUGGACGAUAUCGUACCAGGCGACGUUCACAACACGGCGAAAGUUUUCAUGACGGAGCCCGUCGUCUCGUCGGAGAGUCUCCAAAAGGUGGAGAUCGUCAAGGGGGACUUGAAAGCUGCCUUGACUUCACUGUCGGAGUCGGCGAACCAUAAAGUUGUUGUGGAGAAAGAGGAGGUUGUGAAAGGCAACGUACCCAAAACGAUGCAAAGUCUGGAGAGGGCACAGCAUCGUCACGUGGAGAUCGAGAAGCCAGAUAUCAUCCCCGGGGACAUCAAAGGAGCUCUGAGAUCCCUCGAGAAAUCGUCGACUUCUCAAGUCGAAGCCACCAUGGAAGAUCUAGUGUCCGGAGAUGUUCGGGCGACGUUAAGAUCUCUCGAGAUGGCAAAGCAAACGAUGCGUGAGGUGGCCAAGGAAGAAAUCGUGAGGGGUGACAUUCACACAGCACUGCAAUGUCUACAAGAUGCUGCGUCUGAAAAGAAAACAUGUCAGCAGGAGAUAAUAGUCCAGGGAGAUGUGAAAGGAGCAAUACAGCUCUUUACGGAACCUCCGUCCUCUCCCGGUGUUCAAAGAAGCUCGAUCGUUGAAGAAGAAGAAGUGAAAGGUGACGUCAAAACGUCGAUUAAGUCAUUAUACGAGACACAAGAGCCAACUUUGCUCGAGAAAGAAGAAGUGAUAAAAGGUGACGUGAAAGGCACAAUGAAAUCGCUUAUGGAAACGGCACAGCGUGAAACUCCCAAAGGGAAACUCGGCAGAAGAGUCAGAGUGAAGCAGAGGCCUCAAGUGAAGAAUUUACAUGCCGAGACAGAGAGAAACGCACAAAAAAUCAAAAGCGCAAUCUCGGCAGGUCGUCAGUCUCUUGCGAAUGAAACAAAAACUGUUCAAUCCAAAGCUUGUACCGUGGAAAGGAGUGCCGCGCGCUCAAAAAUGGUCGUGGAGCACAAAACCAUAACGCAAAGUCACGGCAUCAAAACAUUGAAAACAGAAUUCUGCAAUCUGAAGCCGAAGGGAAUGACGCGGUUGAACAAAACAAAAGUGCAAACUGACGUUUACACCCCGAAAAUACAAGCGCCGGAACCCGAUUUGCCUCUUCCUCCUCCGCCUCCACCCGUAGUAGACAUCGACCUUCUUCUUCCUCCUCCUCCUACACCACCUCCCCCAUGUUCGGAUCCUGAUGUUGAUCACCUCCCUCCUCCGCCGCCACCGGCUACCAAUGAGCAGGACUUACUCCCACCGCCAUCACCACCACCGCCGCCGCCGCCACCAACACCACCUCAGAGAGAACAAGACAGAAUACCAAAACAAGCGCUUUGUGCAUCACCAGCAGAGGCCCAAAAGAUGCUGGUAAAGAAAGUCAAAGUUCCCACUUUGUGUCCUGUCUCAAAGCUUGAACCUCAAAUGGAAACGCAGCACACAACCGCGGUCAGCCAGUCCGCAACCACGAAACAAACCUCGAAAACAACCGAAGUCCCGCCUCCCCCGAGGAAAGUUUGCAUCUCCCCUGUCAGAUUCACCCCGCCUCCUUCCCCUCCUCCUCAGACGAGAGGGAAAACAAGUAAAUUCAACACCCCGUUAAUAAAAGCGGAAGAAAAGUACCGCAAGCAGAAAGAGGAUAGCACUCCCCCAACCACUCCGACUCCACCUUUUCUGAACGACUCACUUGCGGCGGCUCUUCAGGUAACGGCCACUGAAGACGUCCAGCGAACAAAUCGCAUGCCCGAAAUCAAACAGGCCGCAUCUGAAAAUGAAGAUUCGCUGCUGAAUUCCGACUCCUCGUCAUGUGAUGCAUCCAAGCAGGUUGUUUUCUCCAAAACUGUUCGGGGCGAUGCCAGCACCAGUCACGAAAGAAUCCUCACAGGGUCUGCCACAAUAUCAUCUGCCAAACAGGAAAUGCUUUCUAAUGAGACGUCUGAGGUCGUCUCCGUUCCAAAGAGCUCUUCCGUCACUGCCGUGAGACAAACUGCGCACACCAGACAGAAAACGGCUUCGCUUUCCUCCCGAGUGUCGACUCAAGCUGUCACUUCUGACCGCAUUCACACUCCAGUCACUGAUUUGACAAAAGCUGAGAAAAGAACUGCUGUCGAGAAGAAAGAUGUGAAAAAAGGGAACGCAAAGGCAUCGGAUAGAACGAGCGCGGAUCAUUCAAGAGGCCUUGUUAAAAUGGCGAAACCUGAACAAAAUUAUAAGAAAUCCCAAUCGCAGUCCGAGAGAGACAAUCAAUCCGUCAUCGAGAACAGGGCCGCCGUCUUUGAUGAAGUGAAGCGAACGGAAAAAGCAGAAGCUAUUGGGACUUGGGCGACUGGCAAAACAAAUCAAAAGGUCAAAAAGGACAAUAAGCAGGAAAAGCAGGUUGAUGCAAAGAUGGAAGAGGAGCGAAAGGCACAGGUGAAAGUGACCAAUUCCACUGAGCCGAGAGUAAUCGGUGAGUCGAGAGAGAUCAAGACCGAAUCGAAGCGGGUGACACCCGAUGAUGUCGCCACCAACGUAACUGACAGUCAAGCGGCAACUUUGGCACCAAAGAAGAAAAAGAAGUCGAAAAAGUCGAAAGGGGCGACACAAUUGAGUCAAAGUAAAGACGCCGGCACGGAAUCAAAGACGGCCAUCGUGGAAACGUUCAACGAAACGGAGGAAACGGUUCUUGUUUCCCAAAUUCACACGAGUGCCACAGACGAGAAAGUUCAAGAAGCCUCGAUGACAAAAAGCAAAGCGGGUGAGACUUCCCAGCAAGUAAAAGCACAUCAGGAUAAUCUGAAGGGAUCGCCAAAAAAGACAGCAGUGACAGUUACUCACAAAAGCGCGCGGACGGCGCUGGAGGAAAGUCGCACGGACCCAAUGAAAGAGCCGUUUGAGUCACAACAAAAUGAAUCAGUGGGAAUGGCGGAAUCUCCGAAAAAACGGCUGUCGGGCUUAAUCCCUCACAUCACGGGCAUGAAAACGGUUUCGAAAACGAGGCUUGGCACGUUUUCAGAUUGCCUCACGAUCCCGGAGCGGCCUCAAAAAUCGGCGGGGUCGGUCCCAGAGACCAAUCGAGCUCCAAAAUCUGACGGGAAGGAGAAGCAUGAAUCGGAAUCUCUUGCGGCGUGGACGAAUAUUUCCAACACGGGCAUCGGCUCUUCAAAAGUCGAGAGGCAAACAACGAACGAAAUCUUAAAUGAAAGCAGGAAAGAGAAACGAAUUGAGCUUCGAUCUCCCUCGCCGUCCCUGAGAACCCGAUCCCCCUCGCCGACAUUUAUCACCAUAGAAUCCGUUCGUAGGAUGGACUCGCCGCAGAGAGUCACCCCCUCACCUACGCUGCUCCACCGGCCCGCCACACCCCCGACGCCGCCGCCGCGCCGCUGCGACACCCCGACGUCCCGCCUGAUGAGAAUCACUCCCUCCCCGACGUUCGACCGCGCCGAGAACCUGCCGCGGCUUAAAGACGCGACGGCCAAGCUCUCGCGCGGCGUCACCCCGCCGCCGUUAAUCUCUCCGCAGCCGAUAUCCGAGAAGAAAUCCGAAAUCGUGGAAACCCCCGCGUCAUUCCAUCGGCAAAUCAAACUCGAGGCCGUUCACAGCUCAGAUGAGCCGCCCGCAAAGAACGCACUCGAGACGAUCGAACGCGCUACAGACGACGGAAAUGAAACCCCAAGUAAUUCCGACAUCAACCCGCCGCUUCGUCACGACGUCACUGACGAUACCUCCGAGUUAGCAUUGGCUUCGUUUCAAGAACGGAAGGCGUUUUUUGAAGAGGCCCAAAAGGCCGAAAGCAAGAAAUUUUAUAUCCGGAAAGAACCGAUCGCAAUCCCCGAACGACUCGGCCCAGAGUCGGAGGAUAGCGAUGAGGAAAAUCUGUGGAAGCAAAAAGAAGAUCCACCCAAAGCGGAUUUUUCAGCUUUCGUCAAUCAAUUUGAAUCAACGGAUAAAACAGCGAUCAGCAAGGAGCUCCGCCCACUUGCGGAGCGAUUUCCAAACCACAGCGAAGCUUGCAUCUCGGAAAGGGCGUUGCCAGCUUUUGACAUUCGGGCGCUGAAGAAUGUUUUUGAAACGGGUGAGCAAAAACUCUCGUUAGACGAGCGGAAAGGAGUUCGGGAGGAGCCGGCGUCAAGCCGACGGGAAGCAUCAGUCGACACAUCAAAGCUGGAGAGUCCUCCUGAGAUGCAGGGAGGCUUAAAGCGAAGCUCUGCCCUUCCUCCUCAUGAAAAUCUGCUCGAAAUUGUCCGGACAGAUCCAUCAGCCCCUUCUGAGAGCAAAUCAAUCACAGAGCAUUUCUCAAACGUCGAUGUCCUGGUGAGCAAGGUCACGACGACAAGUGUCAGUCAGCAGUCUGGCAGCGCGUCAAGACAGCCGGCUCCUUUCUCCUAUGCUGACGCGGUGAAAAGGAAAGCGGCGGCGCCGAGGCCGACGCAAACCUGCCGUGCCGAAGACGCCGGCGAGAAAUUGCGGAUGAACGUUCGGCAGACCCGCAACGAGAGCGAGGCGGUUUUCAAAAGCGUUUCGGACGUGACGACGUCACAAGCGGCGUCUCAUCGGACAACCGCUGUCUCCGGCUCGAGUUCCCAAGUCGGAGCUUUGCGCAGUGUGUCGAAGGAGGGUUUACCCGAUGGAUGGAUGGAUAGUGGACCGAAAAAAGUACCAUAAGUCCUGUUUCUUCUGUGAGCAAUGCAAAAGCAAACUAAGCCUGGGAAAUUACGUCUCUCUCCACGGACACUUCUUCUGUCUGCACCACUACAAACAACUCCUCAAGUCCAAAGGGAUGUACGAUAACCAACUCUGCCCCAAAACUCCCGCAGCAAGUGGAGGAUCCAUCCCACCAGACCGGAAACUCGAAUGGAGAUAUUCGGCAAGCAGCCUCAGUUCAGUUGACAGGAACAAAACGCAGCGCGGUGAGAUCGAAGCGACAAAAGCAUUUGAUGAGAGCAAAGCGCAGGGCAGCAAAAUAUCGGUGGUUUGGCCCCCGCAGGCCGAUUCCCCCCAAAAAGCCUUUACAAUAGAGGAAGACAUUCAACGAGCCAAAGCACAGUGGCCCCCGCAAGACGAUUCGCCCAAAUUCAUCCAACAGCAACACGGAGAGACAGUUCCAAGAAGUGUCUUGUAAAUUCAUUCCCCAUCAGUCGAAAAAAAAUACUUGCGCUAAGCUCCAA